AAAGUUAUGUUGUCACAAGGAUGGUUCUUUCUAGAAUGCGGAUAUUCUUCUGAGGGAAGAUUAAUAGCACUUCGAUAUUUAGCUGUAUAUAACGAUACAAAUAAUUCAGACGCGGUGGAAAGUUUUUAUAAAAGUGCUCAAAUAACACGUUAAUAGUACUCUAAACACGUUAGUAAUGUUUAGUGUAUGUAGAUUACAUACAGUAAAUGCAAUAUUGUUGCUUUAUGUGAGGUGCUGAUAGUUUGUCUCACGUAAAUGGCGCUAAAUUUAUAAGUGUUUUUUUUUUCCUGAGUAAAGCGCAUCCACACAUGAGGGCCAGACAGAUUGAUUUAGCCUUUUAUUUUCUUCACAUUGAUUAUUAUCUUCAUCUUAAACGUGAUGAAUACACAUUCCCAAACAAGCAGGAAGAACACAAUGUGCAACAACUGAGGUCUACUAAAGAUGGAAGUUUAUUGAAGAGGAGAGUGAAUACAUGAGUGGUUCAGAACCACACAGUGUGAAAAGUGAAGAUACUGAGGAACAAAGAGGCCUGAUGGAAGUGAAAGAGGAAAGUCAAGAACUGAAUGAAGUGGCGGGGAAAAAUCAGUAUGAGGAACGUCGUCAUUUCACCAUCAACAACACUGGAGAAAAAAACUUAAGUUGCCCAGACACUGAAAAUAAUCUUUUACCAAGAAGAAUAGAACCCCAAAAUUGUUUCAUCUGCCCUGAGUGUGAAAAGAUUUUCACAUGUAAAAGAGACCUUAAGAGGCACAUAAAAAUCCAUACUGAAGAGAGGCCUUUCACCUGCUCUCAGUGUGAAAAGAGUUUCAAAAAUUCAGGAGACCUCAAGAGGCACGUAAGAAUACACACUGGAGAGAAGCCUUUUACCUGUCCUCAAUGUGGAAAGAGUUUCACACAAAAAGACGGCCUUAAGGAACACGUAAAAAUUCACACUGGAGAGAAGCAGUUUGCGUGCAUGUUGUGUGGGAAGAGUUUCACACAUCAAGGCAGCCUAAAGAGGCACAUGAAAGUUCAUUCUGGAGAGAAACUACACCAAUGUUCUGAGUGUGGCAGGAGGUUUUCAGAGGCUAGCAAUCUAAAAACUCAUCUGCUCUCUCACUCAGGAGAAAGGCCGUAUAAAUGUGAUCAGUGUGAGAGAACUUUUUUUGUGGCAGUUCACUUGAAGACACACAUGAGGAUUCAUGAAGAUGAGAAGCCUUACAUGUGUUCUUUUUGUGGAAAAAGUUUUUUAUGGCUGAACGGUUUUAAAGAGCACCAGAAAAUACACAUCGGUGUGAAAGCGCAUGUGUGCACUGACUGUGGAAGUUCCUUUACCAGAGCUGGUGAACUGAAAGUGCACCAAAGAAAGCAUACGGGAGAAAAACCUUAUCAGUGUUCAUAUUGUGAAAAGAGUUUCUCCGUUUCAGGAGCCCUGAAAGCACAUGAAAGAGUGCAUACUGGAGAGAGGCCGUACCUCUGCCCUUCAUGUGGGAAGACUUUCAGCCGAUAUGGUAAUCUAGGAAAACACUUAAAAAAGGCUUGCCCAAAGUUGUCACAGUGAGCAAAGUUCCUCUCUAGGUCUAGGCCUGUCAUGAUUAUGACAUAUUCCCCUGAUUGUGAUUAUUUGAGAUGGCUGCGACCAUUGUGUACUUUACAUUCUAAACACAUUGUCUCCCAAAUGAUGUAGAGAUAGACUGAUAAUCAGUUUUACAUAUGUUUUUGACCGAUAUUUACACAUUUCUUCACAGUCACUUUUUUUUAAAAUAUUGAGUCAGCCGAUAAAUGGAGUCAACCCAUCUGGUGGGACUGUGCCGAAAAUGCUGUUAAGGCUAAUUUUUACCUCUGCGUCAAACCUACGCCAUAGCCUGACGUGCUUUUCUCCAAAAAUGUUGUUUUAGGAUCUAUGCAUCAUAUCAUAUUGUAUUUGUCAGAAGCAUCUGUUGGUUUGAUGUUCUAUUUAUGUGAAGUUACAAGUGAAAAGGUGACGAAAAUACACAUCUGUUUAACUUUAAAACUGCAUGCUCUGGGCUUUUACUCUAUAUAUUUUAGAUGUGAGUAAAACCAUAUUUGUUGUAUUCUACUCGAGACCUUUCUGUUCUGUAAGAUGUUCUGACUGAUUGUUUGACAGUAUGGUGUACAAUAAUCAUUAUCAAUCAAUCAGCUAAUUAAAAAGCACCUGUUAAGAAUUGGUUUUAUUGCCUAUAUGCAUUGUAAAGUCCAGCUUCUAAGCUUUAAAAAGACACCCAUUUGUGUUGGUCAAUCGAAUAGUAAUUGAUUCAUUUGAUGUUUAUUUUUUAUUCCAGAGUCUCAAAAUAUGGCCAAAUAUUUAUUCAUGUUUUUAAGCAACUGGAGAGCAUGCAUACAGUAUAUGCCUGAUUUAUUUUCUCUCUGCAUGGCAAACAAUACAGUAUGUAUAAUAAAUAAUAUGUACCUAAAUCUCAACUUGUUCACAUACUUUGAACUUGUUUUUAAUGAUACAAUAAUUUAAUAAAUACUUCUGAAUGCCGAAUUAAAAAACAUUUAUUUAAUUUUUUUUAUUAUUAUUCAAGAAAUGUAUAAUUAUUUCAGAAAUUAAGACAUUUUCUCUCAAUAUGCUAGCAUUUUGGCUGUUUACUCAGAAUGAUGUAGGUUUUGUGCGGCUUAAUACAAUGCCUGUGUGUAGAAGAAGAAAGUCAGAGAAAAGCCUAUACUAUUUUAAUACCAAUAAAAGAGUCAGUAUUUUUAAAACAUUUUUAAUAAGCAUUAGAUAUAAGAUUAAGUUUACAUUAAGAGAUUUUUAAGAAUUAGUGGAACUGAAGGUGUCAGAGCAAACAUGGAACGCAUGUCCUCAUUGUCUCCGGAGAGUAUGGCCAAUUUUAAGUAAGGCUUUUGGGGCAACUGCACCUAACCCAGUCGGCUAGUCUCACCCUGCUAUCGCAGUAUUUUGAUGGCAUACAUCAGUGUUUCCCAACCUUUUUUUUAGUUUAAGUACCCCCAAAACACCAUCAGAAAGGCUAAAAGACCCCUUCAUUAACACAAAACCAACGAUAUGUACCAAUGGCAGUUUCGAUUCUGAUUAAUUUGGGUAUAUUUCAGUUUAAAAUAUCCAUUUUGCUUACAUAUUGAAGAAAUUGUCUCUCAGCUGGUAACUAUAAAGGGGACCUUCUAAUUUGGUACAUUAAGAAAUAUUAAUUUUAGAAUUUGUUAUUUUAUAAUUAUCCCCAUACUGAGAGAAGCCGUACUUCUGCCCUUCAUGUGGAAAGAGUUUCGGUCGAUUAAGUGCUCUUCUCAAAUAUGGCAUAUCAGACACGUUUGAUUUCAAUGAUGUCCAACGUCAUUUAAUCUUUUAAGUCUCAUAAUUAAAGCAAAACCUGGCAUUAAGUAUCUGAUGUAACAUACUGUAUUUGAGUUGAACAGGAGUGCAAUACUGUAAAUAAUGACAGAUUUCUUUUAUUUUUGGGUGAAUUCUUCCUUUAACCAUAGAAUACAC